AUGGAGAACUCCUUUUUAUACACGCCGGCGGAGGCCUUGGAGCAUUUUCAUGUCUCUGAGCAGACUGGUCUGUCCCCGGACGCGGUUCUGAAGUCCCGACAGCAAUAUGGUCCGAAUGCCCUGGCCGAAGAGCCCCCAACCCCCAUGUGGGAGUUGAUCUUGGAACAAUUCAAAGACCAGCUAGUCCUCAUUCUGCUGGGCUCUGCUGCGGUCUCGUUUGUUUUGGCCUUGUUUGAAGAAGGAGACGAUUGGACUGCCUUUGUGGAUCCAGUUGUGAUUCUGACCAUUCUGAUCCUCAACGCCGUCGUCGGUGUGACCCAGGAAAGCAGCGCAGAGAAGGCCAUCGCCGCUCUGCAGGAAUACUCGGCCAAUGAGGCCAAGGUUGUUCGAAAUGGAAAAGCUCAGCGUGUCAAGGCGGAGGAGCUGGUACCCGGUGAUGUGAUCCAGAUUGCUGUCGGAGACCGCGUCCCGGCCGAUUGUCGACUCCUAUCUAUCCACAGCAACAGCUUCCGCGUGGACCAGGCCAUUCUGACCGGUGAAAGUGAGAGUGUCAGUAAGGAAACUCGGAUCAUCAAGGACCGCCAGGCUGUCAAGCAGGAUCAGAUCAACAUGCUCUUCUCCGGCACCACUGUAGUCAACGGGCAUGCCACAGCUCUUGUGGUGUUAACUGGCGGAUCCACCGCUAUCGGCGACAUUCACGACAGCAUUACCUCCCAGAUUUCCGAGCCAACCCCAUUGAAGCAGAAGUUGAAUGACUUCGGCGACAUGCUAGCCAAGGUUAUCACCGUGAUCUGCGUCCUGGUUUGGGUUAUCAACAUUGAGCACUUCAAUGACCCGUCGUUCGGAGGUUGGACUAAGGGUGCCAUUUACUACCUGAAGAUUGCCGUCUCCCUGGGUGUGGCCGCUAUCCCCGAGGGUCUCGCUGUUGUCAUCACUACCUGUCUGGCUCUGGGCACUCGCAAGAUGGCCCAGAAGAACGCCGUGGUCCGCUCUCUCCCCUCGGUGGAAACACUGGGCAGCUGCAGUGUGAUCUGCUCCGACAAGACCGGAACCCUGACCACCAACCAAAUGAGUGUGGAGAAGAUUGUUUACUUGACCAGCUCUGGCGAUGCCCUUGAGGAGAUUGAUAUUGAGGGUACUACUUUUGCUCCCGAAGGCAAGCUGACUCGCAAUGGCAAGGUUGUUGAGGACGUCGCUGUCUCUUCAUCAACUGUUGCUCAAUUGGCCGAGGUCUCUGCUCUCUGUAAUGCUGCUACUCUUGCCCACGACGCCAAGUCCGGUGUGUUCUCCAACAUUGGCGAACCCACUGAGGCUGCUCUUCGUUGUCUCGUCGAAAAGAUUGGUACCACCGACUCCGCUGUGAACAAGAAGCUCUUCCGUCUCCCUGCUUCCGAGCGCCUCCAUGCUGCCAGUGCUCACUACGAAUCCCGUCUUCCUCUUCAGGCUACCUACGAGUUCUCUCGCGACCGUAAGAGCAUGUCCGUUCUCGUUGGUAAGGGUAAGGAGCAGAAGCUGUUGGUCAAGGGUGCCCCGGAGACCAUUCUGGAGCGCUGCUCUCAUGUUAUCCAGGGUGCCGAUGGAUCUCGUGUGCCUCUCACCAAGAACCACUCCAAGCUGCUCUCCGAGGAAGUCGUCGAAUAUGGUAACCGCGGUCUCCGUGUCAUGGCUAUUGCCAGCGUGAGCGACAUCUCCGGAAACCCCCUGUUGAAGAAGGCCGAGACCUCUGAGGACUAUGCCAAACUCGAGCAGAACAUGACCCUGAUUGGCCUGGCAGGAAUCCGCGUCAUUGUCAUCACUGGUGAUAACCCCAACACCGCCGAGUCUAUCUGUCGCCAAAUCGGCGUGUUUGGAACCAACGAGAACCUCAAGGGCAAGAGCUAUACUGGCCGAGAGUUUGAUAGCCUCACUGAAGCCGAGCAAUUGAAGGCCGUUCAGACCGCGUCUCUCUUCUCCCGCACCGAACCUGCACACAAGUCAAAGCUGGUUGAUCUCCUCCAAUCUAUGAACCACGUCGUUGCCAUGACCGGUGACGGUGUCAAUGAUGCGCCUGCACUGAAGAAGUCCGACAUUGGUGUUGCCAUGGGUACUGGUACUGACGUUGCCAAGUUGGCCGCUGAUAUGGUCCUUGCCGAUGACAACUUCGCCACCAUCACCGUCGCUGUUGAGGAGGGUCGCUCCAUCUACAGCAAUACCCAGCAGUUCAUCCGGUACCUUAUCUCAUCCAACAUCGGUGAAGUCGUAUCUAUCUUCUUGACCGCUGCCCUGGGCAUGCCCGAAGCUUUAAUUCCGGUUCAACUGCUGUGGGUCAACCUGGUUACCGACGGUCUUCCCGCCACUGCUCUCUCCUUCAACCCUCCUGAUCACGAUGUUAUGAGACGCCCACCCCGUCGUCGCGACGAGGCACUUGUUGGAGGCUGGCUAUUGUUCCGUUACAUGGUGAUCGGCAUCUAUGUUGGUGCUGCCACUGUGUUUGGUUACGUAUGGUGGUUCAUGUAUAACCCCGAAGGCCCACAGAUCUCUUUCUACCAGCUGACGCAUUUCCACCGUUGCUCUGCUUCAUUCCCUGAGAUUGGCUGCGAAAUGUUCAGCAACGACAUGUCCAAGUCUGCCUCGACCGUGUCGCUUUCUAUUCUGGUCGUGAUUGAGAUGCUGAAUGCGAUGAAUGCGCUGUCGUCCAGCGAGUCCCUCCUGACUUUCUUCUUGGGCAACAACCCCAUGCUGAUCUAUGCUAUUGCGCUGUCGAUGAGCCUUCACUUUGCCAUUCUCUACAUUCCUUUCCUUCAGGGACUCUUUGCGAUUGUGCCUUUGAAUCUGAUCGAGUGGCAGGCCGUGUUGGCGAUCAGCGCUCCUGUCAUUUUGAUCGAUGAGAUUCUCAAGUUCUUCGAGCGCCGCCUGUACGUUUCUCAUGUGUCCACGGCCCCCGUCACCCAAAACGGUAGCGUGGGAAAGCCUAAGCGGGCCUAA